UGGGAAGCGUGUAAGGUAUUUUCAAGGUCUCUCAAAUUUAUCAUGGCUAAUUAAACCGGCUGCCAUGGUGAUGAUAUUCAUUACUAGUCAAGCUUUGUCACUCGGCAACAAUGACUACUGUAGUGAUGGUCUUAGCCUCAAUUAUACCCUUCCUAUGUUCAAUCAAUGUAAGAUGAUACAUCGCAAUGAUGGUUCCUUAGUACAGACAAUCCCUAAGCUAAUCCCUUCAUCUGAUCUUGAUGAUACUAGGUGCAAGAAGAAUUCUAAACACAUGAUCCCUCAAGGGAAACGGGUUUGUCGCCCUCCAGAUUGCACGAACGAAUCAUGUUUGAAUGGUUGGUGUGAAGAAACGAUGACUGGAUAUCACUGCCACAUCAUGGAGAGCAAUAACACUAAAAACAAAACAUCACCUACAACACCGCAACACACAACCACUACAACCCCGCAACACACAACCGCUACAACCAGGCAACACACAACCAGUGCAACAACGGAAGGAGCAACCUCUGAGCCAGUUGCGAGAUGUCCAGAUGGGUGGCUGGAUGGCGACAUCAGCAACAAAUGCUACUUCCUUGAACCUGAUGCAUUCUGGUGGUUCACAUGGUAUGAAGCUAAGAAUGCAUGUGCAGACAUCAAUGUCACAGACCCAUAUGGUUAUAACAUUACUGCACAGAUUCUUGUUUUAGAGAGCGUGGACGAGAUGCUAGAAUUGAAGCAGAAAGUUAUAGAUGCAUACCAGCUAUGGUAUGAUAAUUGGUGGUACAGAAUGGGUUUAUGGCUCAACUGCAUUGGUAUCUGGGAUGUCGAAGACAAAGAGAUGUUCUACUGCGAAACGAACGAUGAAAUGAUCCCAAUGCAAUACUUAGACUGGGGACCGGGUGAGCCUUCUCAUGAAAACGUCACUGGUGACAUCCUACAGGAUUGUGUAUCCACCUGGAACUACUAUUGGCCGUAUGUAUGGACAUUACAGGAUAGAUCAUGUGAACAUCACAGAGCCGCCACUAUUUGUCAGAUCCCAAGAUUCGAGGACAAUGCCACAGAGGCAAUCCAGUCAUCAGUAACUACUGAACCUACCAAAAGUUCUCCGUCCACCAACAUUACUCCUGGAAUCUCAGAGCCACAAGCAAGAUGUCCAGUUAACUGGUAUGAAGGAGAAAACGAGUGUUAUUAUAUAUCUUCAGCAUGGUCUUACCAUUGGGACAUCAGGGAUGUAAGCUUCCAUUUCUUCUGGUUCACUUGGUAUAAUGCAAGGGAUCUCUGUGCAGGCAUGGAUGUGAUUGAUCAUAAUGGUCGUGUAACCAAUCCACAACUUCUUGUUUUGGAAAGCGAUGAGGAGAUGUUGGAAUUGAGGCAGAUUUUACUGGAUUCAUAUGAGAUUUGGUUUGGUACAUCGGGCUGGGUCUGGCUUAACUGUAACGACAUGGAAGAAGAAGGCAUAUUCUACUGUGUUAAAAACGGCGAAAAUAUUACCUUGCCUUAUACAAAUUGGGCUGAGAACAAGCCCGAUGACAACGUCACUGAUAGCGUCCCAGAGAACUGCAUCGGAACUUUUGGCUACUGGCCUUUUGAAUGGACUUUAGACGACGUCAAUUGUAAUGAUAUCAACUUCGACGGGAUUAUGAUAUGUGAAAUCAAUAAAUUCUAGUAUUGGGAUCAAUUUCAACAGAGAGUUAGGUCAUCAAGGCACUUUCGUCCCAAUUUUUUUUGGUGGGGGGGGGAGGCGAGUUAGACCUAAAAACGAGACAUUGUAUACCUUUUGUAAUCAUGAACAGGAUGCGUAUCUAACUAAAUAAUUCAGGUGAAUGAAAAGCCCUGAGGAUAAAUGAUAUGUGCCUACUGACCAGAAAAGGGGACUUUCCCCCAAUUGUUUGGGAAAAUUCAAGAAUAGUAUUCAAAGGAUGAACUGCAAAGUUUGGCCUCUAUUUGAAUUCCCAAAAGACCGAGUAUAUGACAUUUAAUGA